GAGCAGGGAUAAAGCUCCUGGGCCGCGGUCCCGCGAGGACACUGCCCCGGCAUCAGAGUGGGCUUUCCCGCCCCGGGACACUCGCUGCACCCCCGCCUGAGGAAGCCCGUGCACCAUGCCCCAAAACGUGAUCCUGCCGGGCCCUGCGCCCUGGGGCUUCAGACUCUCGGGGGGCAUAGACUUCAACCAGCCCUUGAUCAUCACCAGGAUCACUCCAGGAAGCAAGGCAGCAGCUGCCAACCUGUGUCCUGGAGAUGUCAUCCUGGCCAUUGAUGGCUAUGGGACGGAGUCCAUGACUCAUGCUGAUGCACAGGACAGGAUUAAAGCAGCAGCACACCAGCUGUGUCUCAAAAUUGACAGGGCGGAAACUCGCUUAUGGUCUCCCCAGGUAACUGAAGAUGGGAAGGCUCAUCCUUUCAAAAUCAACUUAGAAUCAGAACCACAGGAUGUGAACUACUUUGAACACAAGCACAAUAUUCGGCCCAAACCUUUCAUAAUCCCAGGCCGAAGCAGUGGAUGCAGUACUCCGUCCGGUAUUGACGGUGGCAGUGGACGUAGCACCCCUUCUUCUGUCAGUACUCUUAGUACUAUUUGCCCAGGUGACUUGAAAGUUGCUGCUAAGAUGGCCCCUAACAUUCCUUUGGAAAUGGAACUUCCUGGUGUGAAGAUUGUACAUGCUCAGUUUAAUACACCUAUGCAGUUGUACUCAGAUGACAAUAUUAUGGAAACACUUCAGGGUCAGGUUUCAACAGCUCUAGGGGAAACACCCUCAAUGAGUGAACCCACCACUGCCUCCGUGCCCCCACAAUCAGAUGUGUACCGGAUGCUCCAUGACAACCGGAAUGAACCUACUCAGCCUCGCCAGUCAGGCUCCUUCAGAGUGCUCCAGGAACUAGUUAACGAUGGCCCUGAUGACCGUCCUGCUGGAACUCGGAGUGUGAGAGCUCCAGUUACAAAAAUCCAUGGUGGUGCUGGCGGCACUCAGAAGAUGCCACUCUGUGACAAAUGUGGGAGUGGCAUUGUCGGUGCAGUCGUGAAGGCGCGGGACAAGUACCGACAUCCAGAGUGCUUCGUGUGUGCUGACUGCAACCUUAACCUCAAACAAAAGGGCUACUUCUUCGUGGAGGGGGAGCUGUACUGCGAAACUCACGCCCGAGCCCGCAUGAGGCCCCCAGAGGGCUAUGACACAGUCACUCUCUAUCCCAAAGCUUAAAUCUUAGGUCAGCGGAGCAUGCCCUCACCUCCGUGCACCUGCCCCAGUUAGUGGCUUGAGCAGAAGUCUAGCCACCUGCCGACUCCCAAUCUAGAACCUAGCUUUUGGAUGUUUCUCUUGCUGUAUUCUCAGGAGACGGAAUAGGAGGCAGAUGCCUUUUGUAACAGAAACACACAUUCAACUCUUUUUAUCUUUGGAGCUAGCGAUAAUUUAAUGACAUUUAAAGCAAAAAUGUUUUGUGUCAUACUCCACAGUUUACAUUUAUAUUAUGACCACCAAACAUGUAAACAUCAAGAUAUUUGGGGGAGUCUAAUUGUCUUUCCUUAACAAGUUGACUUUGCAAUUGCAGUAAAUGCCAAAUGGCAGUCUUGUAUUCUAACACAACCUGCAGGUGUCUGUUAUCUGUUUUAACUAUUAUAGUGCAUGUCAGGGAGAGAUUCCUUAGAUCUCUCUAGUUUCAUCUUCAAACAGUUAUCCCACUGGAUGCAACAUACAUAAUAAAUACAUAAAAUAUUUUUAAAAUACCUAAUGAAGUGGCACUCAAUGAAUUCAGAUGAAAUCAACAUUCCAGUGAGAAGCUCCACUCAUAUUUUGUCUUGUACACUAACAACUCAGGUAUCUUAAGAAAAAUGUGGCUUCUUUAGCUUUUAGAACUAAUUUACUCUUUCUUAUGAGCCCACAAUUUCUGCUGAUAGGAGGGGAAAUUUUAAAUUUGCAAAAGGUGAUGUAGUCUCUUUAAGAUUAAAAGUUUCUUUUGCUUUGAAA